CCGGGGCGGCGUCUCCUGCGUGGCAGGAUCCAGGGCAGGUGUCCGGGAGCGGAGCCGCCAGCAUGGCCCGGGGGACGCGCUGGCUGCUGAUCGGCUGCGGCUUGUGCCUGGCGCUCGCAGUUAGGAACGCUACUGCCACAACUGACCCCCAGCAAACCACGUCCAGCCAGCACCCAUCCACCACAGCUACAGCACCGCAGAGCCCCCUGAGUGCCACCCAGCAAAUUGCAUCCAGCCAGCACCCAUCCACCACAGCUACACCACCGCAGAGCCCCCUGAGUGCCACCCAGCACCCAUCCACCACAGCUACACCACCGCAGAGCCCCGUGGCUACCUCCAGAGACACCUCCCUUUCCACUGCCCUGACUGACAAUACCACUGCAUCCACGCAGAACAGAACCACAGCAGCAGCUCCAGCCUCGUCCAGAAACCCAGAAUCUGCUUCCAGCCCUCCCCUGUCCUCGGCCAGCCCCAGUCACACCAACAGCUCAGCUACUCCUGCUGCCAGCUCCAGUGAGACGCACUCGACUGAGCAGCCAGGGCCCAACAGCGGUGCAACAGCCAGUGGCUCAGCGGUGUCCUCCCUGAAGCAGCCCACGCUCUCCCUGAGCCCCGGCCUGGUGGUUGUGAUCUGCAUCUUCGUGGCCAUCCUGCUCAUUGCUGCUGGGGUGGUGGUGGUGAAGCUCUGCCGCAGAAGGGAGCCGGCAUUUGAGAAGCUGGACGAGGUGCCAAUGGGGAAGAUGACCGAAGACUCGCCCUUUGCUCGCUACCCUCCAAAGUAACCGGUGUCUCCCCCCGGUGGGAGCUGAGCCCAGCCUCAUGUGGGGAAGGGUGGGGGGGAUCUGCACCUCUCUCCUGGCCAGGCUGCAGCAGCAGGGUGGCUGCAGCUCUUCGCGGCCCGGCCCAGCCUGGCCAAAGCUCCCCUACUGCUCAGGGACUCGGCGUGAAUAAAGAGGCUGCUGGUUCUGCUCA